UGCGACUUCACUUUGCCCCUCGCUUUCCGCUUUCCUGAUCACGCGCGAGGUGGGGUGAAGGCGGUGGUAUGAAUGUGGCACAGCGGGCAGCGAUAGCCUAGUGCAGGCAGUCGGGCGUCGGGCAGUGUGUAAGCCUUGUGUGUUGUAUCGUGACUGGUCCACAGAGUACAGACCGAAACUACACCUCAUCAGAGAUUACACUAAACGACGUCUUAAAUCGACCAAAACCAACAUCAUGGCGGCGAAAAGAACCACGCUCACUAUAGAGCAAAAGUUGAACAUAAUCGAAGAGAUGGAAUCUGGCCAAGAUCAAGAUCAGAACUUCGCCGAGACGGCUCGCAAGCAUGGCGUUUCAAGAUCUGUCAUUUCUAGACUGUGGAAAACUAGAGAGGAAACUCGCAGCACCGCCAAAGAUUUUCAAAAUCUUUCAAGGAAGCGAAAAGCCCGUUUCAAAGAAGAGGACGUCGAUAUUGCUCUCAACGUCUGGCUGUGUCAGAAAAACGAGCAUUGUGCAAGGAUCAACGGACCUAUCCUGAAACAGAAAGCGCAGCAAUUGGCGGAGGAGAUGGGCCACGACUUCACACCAUCGGAGGGAUGGUUAAGCCGCUUCAAAGAACGCCACAGCAUUACAUUCAGACGGGGGCAUGCCAGGGAGAUUGAGAAACAACGCACAGACUUCGAGUUGGCUCAAAACUGGAAAGAUCGCGUGAUGGUAGGUGGUUUCUUGAAUGAUUAUUCACCUAAUGAUAUCUACAACGCUGGUGAAACGGGAAUCUUUUUCAAAGGUCUCCCGGAUCGCGGCUUCGUUUAUCGGAAUGCGAAAAUCAGUGGUGGCAAAAAACAAAAAGAUAGACUCACUAUUCUCAUCUGCGCCAAUAUGUCUGGCACUGACAAAAAGAAACUUCUCGUAAUUGGGAAAAGCAAAUCGCCUCGUGGCUUUCCCAGCAAAGUGUCAAAGCUUCCCGUCGACUAUAAACACUCUGACAAUGCAUUGAUGACACCGGACAUUUUCACCGACUUUCUUCGAUCGUGGGACCAAUCACUUCGUCUUCAAAGAAGAUCAAUUGUGCUUUUUGUUGACACCUGUAGAGCGCAUCUUAAACCAACAGGUCUUACGUGCAUUAAGUUGGAAUUUUUACCCCCCAAUACCACCGCAACACAUCAACCUAUGGAUCAAGGCAUUAUUCGGAACUUUAAAUGCCACUAUCGUGCUGCGGUGAACAACAUCAUCAUCAGCGAGCUCGAUUCCGACGAGUCAAAGAAAGCCAGCGACAUUCUAGCCACCAUCACUGUCUUGAGAGCCAUUUACCUACUGCAAGAAGCAUGGUCAUUGGUUACCCCAGAAACGAUCAAAAACUGUUACAAGUGUGCAGGUUUCGUUAUCAACUCUACAAGCGAGGAUGUGCCAGCUAUUAUUAACCCUGUGACAUUUAUUCCACCGAAAAACAUGGACCCUGAAAUGUUUGAAGAAUUUAUCGCCGUGGAUGACGACGCACCUGUGACUGGCGAAUUAACAGACGGUGAAAUUGUUCAACUAAACACCUUGGUGGAAAGGAAAAAGCGAUCCCGAGCGGAGGUGGAAGUGGAAGAGGAGAGCGCUGAAGCUGAAGAGGUAGAAGUAGAAGAAGCGGCGACCAAAAUGCCUUCUCCCUCGGAGCUGUUGCAAAGCCUGAACACCGUUCGUGUAUUCAUGGAAUCUGCUGGCCUCACAUCUCAAACUAAAUUCCAGGCAGUUACGAGAGCCGUGCAGGAGAGCGUUAUUUCAAACCGCAAGCAAAGCUUCCUUACUGAUUUUUUUCCAACAAAAUAAAACAAGACCCCCCCCCAACACCCAACCUUCUCCUCAAUGCCGAAUUACUCCAUCACGUCUUUAUGUUCUUAAAACUACGUUUUCCACAUCUUUUGUUUUUUCAUGUUUGUUUCCUUACCUGCCUUGAUACAUGUUCUUGAUUCCAUUAAAAUUAUUACGUUGACUAGUUCACGUUUACUUUAUUC